AUGGAAGAAAUUGAAAUGUUAAACAAAUUAAAACUAUUGAUUAAAUCAAUUUAUCCAAGAUAUGAUUUAUUAUGUAAACCAAUUUCAGAUGAAGAUGGCAUGACAUUUAGGAUUAAUAGUAUUUUAAAUGAAUUACUUGGAACAUUAAAAUUAAUAGAAAAUUGUAUUGAUUGUAAGAAAGAAACGAUAAAAGAUAAUUAUUUUCUUAUGGGUUAUUUGAAUGUAUCAAUUGAUGCAUUAAAUGAGCUUUCAAAUAGAUUAAAAGGGAAUGAGGAAGAAGAAAGUAAAAAAUUAAUUGAAGGAUCAUAUUUCAAUUUAAUUCACACAGAUGUUGAAUUGAAUAGAGUUGUAUUAUGCAAUAGUU